AUGACCACUCUCCGGGUGCUGCUGCACAUAGCCGCUCAGCGCGACUACGAGCUUCACUCUCUUGACUUCAGCCUUGCUUUCUUGCAGGUUAGCUUGCACGAGGAGAUCUGGCUGCGCCGUCCACCUGGCUUCACUGGGACUUUCCCUCCUGGCACCCAGUGGAGCCUCCGACGGCCAGUCUACGUGCUGACCCGUCGUUGUUUCUGCGCACCGAAACCUCUCUGCCGGUUCUACAUCCUUGUGUACGUCCACGACUUGGUCUUUGCCACUGCUGACACUGCUGGACUCGCCUACGUGAAGUCGAAGCUGCAGAAGAGACAUACGUGCAAAAACCUGGGUGAACUGCGCAGCUACCUUGGCUUGCAGAUCACCCGGGACAAAGCACGCCGCACCAUUACCUUGACUCAGUCACACAUGGUGCAACAGGUCCUUCAGCGCUUCGGCUUCACGUACUCCUCGCCUCAGGCCACUCCUCUGCCUACUCGCCACUCGCUCUCAGCUCUGCCUUCAGAUGAAUCCGUAGAGUCGAGUGGCCCGUACCCAGAGCUUGUUAGCUGCCUCAUGUACCUGAUGACCUGCACACGACCUGACCUUGCAUACCCUCUUAGCAUUCUUGCACGCUAUGUUGCUCCUGGGAGACACAGACCAGAGCACAUGGCUGCAGCGAAGAGGGUGUUGCGCUACUUGUGCAGUAUGUCGGGCAUGGGGCUAGUGCUUGGAGGGCGGAGUCCAGUGGUCCUCACUGGGCACGCGGACGCUUCUUGGGCUGACGACCAGGCUACUCUGCGGUCGUCCCAGGGUUAUACCUUCAGUCUUGGUUCCGGCUCUGUCUCGUGGCGGGCUAUUCGCUCGUCUUCUGUUCUCGGCUCCAGUUGUGAGGCCGAGAUCUAUGCCGGGGCCAUGGCUGCACAGGAGCUUCGCUGGCUCACCUACCUGCUGACCGACCUUGGAGAGCCGCCUCGUUCUCCUCCAGUGCUGUACGUAGACAACAAGGCCAUGCUGGCCUUGUGUCGAGAGCAGCGCUUGGAGCACAGAACGAAGCACAUUGCUCUCCGUUAUGUUCUUGCUCGUGAGCUGCAGCAGCGUGGUCAGUUGCGACUUGCGUACGUGGCCUUUGAGGCCAAUACUGCUGAUGUUUUCACCAAGGCACUUCCGCCUUGUGAACAUUAG